UGGAAAGAAAGGAUAGAUCCAACGGUUAUAAACAACCUGUAAAAGUACCAUAUAAUAAAACCCUAACUUCUCAAAACCCUCUUCACAUUUCUUCUUCGGCCGCUCAAUCUCUCCUUUUAGCUCAGAACGCUCUUCACGCUGUGUAGAAAUGCCGUUCAAAAGGUACGUUGAGAUCGGGAGAGUCGCUCUCGUUAACUACGGCAAAGACUACGGCAAGCUCGUCGUCAUCGUCGAUGUUGUUGACCAGAACAGAGCUCUAGUUGAUGCCCCAGAUAUGGUGAGGGGUCAAAUGAACUUUAAGAGGCUUCAAUUGACUGAUUUCAAAAUUGACAUUCCUCGUGUUCCAAAGAAGAAGACACUGAUUGAAGCAAUGGAAAAAGCUGAUGUUAAAAACAAGUGGGAGAAUAGCUCAUGGGGUAAAAAGCUGAUUGUUCAAAAGAAGAGAGCAUCUCUCAAUGACUUCGACAGAUUCAAGAUCAUGUUGGCCAAGAUCAAGAAAGCUGGAGUUGUGAGGCAAGAGCUUGCUAAGUUGAAAAAGGAAAAUGCAUCUUGAAGUGAUUCAGAAGAUUUUGAGUAUUUUGCUAAUUUUGUCUUCAAGUAUUCUGCAUUUUUUUUUUGUAUGUUUUUAUCUAAGAAAGGAUUAAAAAGAAUCAAUUGGGGGCACUUUCUUUAGUAGAUGCAACAUUUGAUUUCGGAGGUUAA